AUGUCGAACUCACGUAGUGAAAGUAACAAUCCGAAACAUAAUUAUGAUGACGAUGAUGAUAAUGAUUAUGACGAUAAAUACAAGAAAUUUACCGAUCCUACAGAAGCAGCCAAACACACAUUUCAAAACGUAGAUCGUAUUUUGGGCUCUGCAAGUAGUACAUCGAAAACAAGAAAUUCACACCACUAUGGAACAUUGCAAAUCAGUGGUGAAGGUGACGAUGUUCAUCCCAUUCAGGACUCCACUGCCGUAGGUACCAAUGAAAAGGAGCCUGGCAAAAAGAGUAACAUUCAGCAAGGUAAAAAAGUCAUCACUUCGGGAUGGGGAUAUGUGAAAGAGUUCUUUUAUAGUUUGAUGUUCAGUUUGAUCUAUGUGACAUCGGACACUAAAAAGAGAUGUACCAGUUUCCUUGUUGGUUUAAUAACCAUUGCCAUUGUGGUAUUUGUCGUCAGUAUUCUCUACAAUUCCAUUCUUAAGGCAAAUUUGAUUUUUCUUAAAUUGUCUGAGGACAAUGUUGGAGACGCUGAUAUCAUGUUCACACCAAAAUUCACAAACUCUACCACCAUACCUUUUAUUAAUCACACAGAGAUUGCAAAAAAACUCAAUGGUAAUCCCUUCAUUGUUGGAACAAGCCCUCGAUGGAUUUUAUUUGCCAAUCUCCAAAAUCGAGAUCAUCCUCACAAGAAUCUAAGUGGAAUUUUAUUAAUUGUCGAUACAGAAAGAGAAGAAAGGUUAGGAAUUGGUCGUAUUUGGCCUUACAGACCUUUAGGAGAAGGAGAAAUGCAUGUCAGAGAUUCCAUUCUUCGUGCUAUUGAUAUUGUUCCUGAUCGUGGCAAACGUGUCAAUAUGGUUGUUGAUUUUGCAAGCUUGGCAAGCGCCUUUUCUGGAACUGACGAAUCCAUUUCACAGGGAGUCACACCAGAUCAACAAACGAUCAAUCAAACCGAAUUAUUGAGAACCUUAUUUGAAGCAUCAGGAUUUAACUUUUCGCAAACGUUCAAUGUAAAUAUCACUCAAGUAGCCAAUCAAUUGGGAAUUCAAAUCCCACCACCGUUGAAACCCUUCAUCAAUGCAUUUGGAAUUAUCACAAUUACUGGAGAACAAGCAUUUCAAGCAAUUGCAACCACAUUAGGAGGAGGAAAUUUCUCAGAUUUAAAUUUGAAAGUGGAAGGAGAAUAUACUGUGGUGAGCUCAAUCAAUUCCAACUAUGCAAAAUAUCCAGGUGCUCUGGGUAAUAUUAUGAUGAUUGACAGCGCCUAUGUUGGAAAAGUGAUUGGUCAAUCGUUGUUUCGAUCUCCAGCCAUUCAAUUAUUGUUGGAGCUUUCUGGAGAUACAGAGCGUAUCAAAAACUUUUUCAACACAUUCCCGAUAGAACAAUAUGCGUUGACGGCUGUAGGAAGGUUUAAAGAUCGAUUUCCGGCCUAUUUGAAGAGCUCUAACGAACGGACUGAUCAAAUGAUUCAAAUCACAAAUGGAAUGAUGGAUUCUCUUGGAGUCUCUUAUCCAGUUUCAUAUACUCUUCCACUAUUGAGCGCAUUAUCUGCCACUCAAUUCAUUUCUCUCUUCAUUGACCAAAUAUUUAUUGGAGUGGUUGUCAUGUUAGCAAUUUUGGGUGUCGUAUUGAUUUUUGCUCUUCUUCUUUCCAACGUAGAAGAAAAGACCUACGAAUAUGGUAUGCUCCGUGCUUUGGGAUUGAGACAAUAUUCUCUCAUUCAGGUCAUUUUGGCUCAAUCCAUGUAUUUUGCAAUUCCUGCAAUUAUUAUUGCCAUGAUUUUGGCUUUCUUGGUGAAUAUUCUUGUAGAAUAUAUAUUGCAAGUGGUAAUCAGCACACCAGAGUUGAAUUUACUCUUCUUUUGGGGUGCAGUAGUUGUACCAAUUGCUCUCGGACUUGGAAUACCAAUUGUUGCAAAUAUUAUUCCAAUUCGACAUGCCAUGAGUCGAACACUGCGAGACAGUCUCGACAUUGCUCACCAGACUUUUAAUGAAACAACUGUGAAAAUGAUCAAACUUGAAGAGCUAGGUUUGGAACCUUGGCAAACAGGUGUAGCCAUCAUGUUGGUCAUUAUUGGUUUUGUUGUGUAUUACAUGAUUCCUUAUGCAUUUAUUUUUACUGACCUACCUCUAUUUUUCUUCAUUUUGAAUGCCAUCUUGUUGGGAAUGCUAUUGGGAUUAUGUGUGAUUGCCGUAGUGAUUCAACCAUUCUUUGAACGACUAGUACUGAAUGUCAUUUUGUGUGGACAUGAGAGAAGAUUGAAAACUUUAAUUUCAAAGAAUUUGGCAGGACAUCGAAAACGUAGCAGAAAGACCUUUUUAAUGUUCACACUCUCUGUGGCAUUUAUUAUCUUUGCAGGUGUCGUCUUUUCAUUGCAAUCGGCAAAUAUUAGAGCCAAUGUUGAAAGUUUUCUGGGAGCAGAUGUGGUAGUCAUGUCGACUACUUCAUACUAUUCAUUACCAAAAGAUAAGUUAGACGCUGUCAUUGCAUUACAAAAUCAAAAUCAAAGCAGUGGUCCACCUAUUGUUGGAUAUGCCUACCAAUCAAACACACUGAAUACCUUCCAGUAUAUGAACGACGUGAGAUUUUCCUCUCUUGCCUAUUAUCCAUCACGAAAAGUAGCAGUUUCAGCCGUUGAUAGCAAUUUUUUGAGCGUUGUCAAGAAUCAAUAUUUCCUUUAUACCUAUGUGGACACGGAAUUUAAUUACAAUAUGACCAAUGGCAAACCUGACGUUUUCCAGAGCUUGUAUUCGAAUGCAGGACAAGCAUUAGUCGAUGGAGAAAAAGUUGGAUUUGCCCCAUCAAGAAUUUUCAGUGGUGUGAAAUUAUCACUUCCAAGCAAUGCUUCUCUCUCGUUUGAUCCUGCCUCACAAUACCGACAAUAUUUGGACAUUAUUGCAUCAGAGGCCAUGCGACCAUCUGUUGGAAUUGGAAUCAAGACACCUGUAGAUCUUCGAUUUUUCUCGCGAAAUAAGAAAACUUCAACAACCAGCCAAGUCGAUUAUAUUGGAAAAACUCGUUGUUUGGCCUACAAGAUUCCUGGAUUUUUCAUGUCAUCAUAUGAAUUAACUGCAGCUGGGUCACCUGUCCUAAUUACCAUGGAUUCCUAUAAGAAAGUGGCUGCUCAGGUAGCAAAAUCUGUUGGAGGUACUUAUGACGGAGUGAUUAAUUAUUCAAAAUUAUUUGUCAAAUUGAAGGAUGAUAUUUCUACGACCCAAUUACAAGACACUGUCAAUGCUUUACAAGCCAGUGUGAACUCUGAUUUUACAAAUAUUCAAAACGUGAAAGAUCUUGUUGGAAGUACUGGAACAGCAACACUUGUAUUGAUGGCGUUCUUUAACAUUGUAGCAGCGAUUGCCAUUAUUUUGUGUUUCUUCAUGCUUGCCGUUUCCUUCACUGCCAACGUGAAAGACAAUUCAUGGGAAUUUGGUGUUUUACGUUCAGUAGGUCUCUCAGUGAAUGCACUCAUUCGUGCCUAUAUUUAUGAAGCAUUAUGUUUAGUGGUUUCUGCAUUCAUUUCUGGAACUGUAAUUGGAUGUGUAAUUGCAUUAACUUUGACUGCUCAAUUUAAUCUCUUCUUGGAAAUGCCAUUCCAAUUUGAUUUCCCUUAUUAUUUAUUUAUUUCCAUGUUAGUGAUGGCGUUGCUGUGUGCAAUUUUUGGAAGUUAUAUUCCUGCAAGAAAUUUGAGAAAGAAAGAAAUUGCACUUGUAUUACGUGGAGCGGAUUAA